AUAUGCUGAGUGUCCUGCUUCAUUAAAUCAAUUGUUAUUUUGAAUAGAUUCAUCUCCCCCCAGUCCGUGACCUGGAUUUGAACAAUACCUCCACUGUGGAAGCCUGUGGAAAAAUUCACCGGGGGUGAACUUUUAUAUACCGGGACAGCAGAUGGCUUCAGCCUGUGGUCCAGAUCGACCAUACGGCUGCCGACGCUACAGCCUGACGACAGACAGCCCAGGUUGACAGAGGACACAGCGGUUCACCACGUCAGAGGGCCAAAUAAAGCGGAUGAUUGGAGUCAGAGCAAAGUGCGCACAGGAAGCCGCUUCUGCACAACUUCUACUCUUCCAUGAUUUCCAACGCACGCCAUAAUGCGGCGAUAUUGUGGCAAAGUCCCGGGUCGGCUGUGGCUUUCGCCGAUUGGCAGCUUAUAUUUUUGGGUAUUCUGUAUCUCACCUGUAAUGCUACACCCGCAGUGUUUGGAUUUUAAGCCGCCCUUCCGACCGCUGAGGGAGCUGGAGUUUUGUGUAAUGUACAAGGAGUUUGGCUGCUGUGAUUAUCAGAAAGACCAGGAGCUGAUGACAAAAUACUAUCGGAUUAUGGAUAAUUUUGAUUAUCAUGGUUAUGCCAACUGUGCUGGGUACGUGUUGGAGCUGCUUUGCCAGGAAUGCUCACCCUAUGCAGCUCACCUCUUUGAUGCAGAGGACCCCAGCACCCCGGUCCGGACGAUCCCUGGCCUUUGUCCUGACUACUGCUCCCAGUUUUGGAAAAAGUGUAGCUCCACCAUCCCUUUCCUGUCUGAUGACCCACACAUAGACAGAGUCAGAGAAGACCAGAUACGUCUCUGUCAGUACCUGGAACUAGAGGACGUGGACUACUGCUACCCACACCUCCUCACGAACCAGAAGCUCACAAAGAGCUUGGGCCGGGUCCAGUCGGAUUCAGAUGGCUGUCUGCAGCUGUGUCUGGAAGAAGUGGCCAACGGGCUGCGUAACCCACUUGCCAUGGUGUAUGCCAAUGACGGGACACACCGGUUCUUUGUGGCGGAACAGGUGGGCUUGGUGUGGACGUACCUCCCUGACCGGUCCAGACUGGAGAGACCGUUCUUGAACAUUACCAAGGUGGUGUUAACAUCAUCAUGGGAAGGGGACGAGAGAGGCUUUCUGGGACUGACCUUUCACCCCAAGUACAAGUACAAUGGGAAGCUGUACGUGUAUUACUCAGUGGAGGUGGGUUUUGAUGAGAGGAUCAGGAUCAGUGAAUUCCAUGUGUCAGCCAACGACAUGAAUGUGGUGGAUCAUGGAUCUGAGCGGGUUAUUCUGGAGAUCGACGAACCUGCAUCCAACCACAAUGGAGGGCAGCUGUUAUUUGCUGAUGAUGGCUACUUGUACAUUUUCACAGGGGAUGGUGGAAUGGCGGGAGACCCAUUUGGGAAAUAUGGGAAUGCCCAGAACAAGUCAGCUCUUUUGGGUAAAGUUCUUCGCAUAGAUGUGGAUGACAAUGAGAGAGGCCCGUUGUACAGAAUCCCUCCAGAUAACCCCUUCAUACAUGAACGGGGAGCACGACCUGAGGUUUAUGCUUAUGGUGUCCGCAAUAUGUGGAGGUGCUCUGUGGACCGGGGCGACCCCCGGAACAAAGAGGGCAAAGGGCGAAUCUUCUGUGGGGAUGUAGGCCAGAACAAGUUUGAGGAAAUUGACAUCAUCGAGAAAGGCCGGAACUAUGGCUGGAGAGCCAAAGAGGGCUUCUCCUGCUAUGAUAAAAAGCUGUGUGCCAACAGCUCACUUGAUGAUGUCCUGCCUAUUUAUGCAUACCCUCACAAAAUGGGUAAGUCAGUGACUGGUGGCUAUGUCUACAGAGGGUGUGAAUACCCCAAUCUGAAUGGAAUGUACAUAUUUGGAGACUUCAUGAGUGGCCGUUUGAUGAGUCUGCAAGAGGACAGAAACACAGGACAAUGGAAGUACAAUGAGAUCUGUAUGGGGCUCGGUCUCACGUGCGCCUUCCCUGGACUCAUCAACAACUAUCACCAGUACAUUAUCUCCUUUGCUGAGGAUGAAGCUGGCGAGCUGUACUUCAUGUCGACUGGAAUACCAAGCGCUACGUCACCUUCAGGAGUUGUUUAUAAAGUGGUGGAUCCCUCAAGACGUGCUCCUCCGAGACAAUGUCACUAUGACCCCCUUCCUGUCAGAGUGAAAAGUAACCUCAUUGAGUUUGUUCCCCAGGAAACAUUAAUCGGUGUUGAGCUACCAAGCAAACACAAUGCUGAGCCACAACCCACAGAAUCAUACGAUUGGCUCCAAGAGCUCAUUGAUCGUCUAGGUGAACUAGGACCAGACCCGACCACCGCUUUGCCAACCACAACUACCACCAAACCACCCAGGCAUUCAAGACGAAAAAGCCGGCGCAGAAAGGGCAAACCCAGAGCAGAGAUUGUGCCUGAGCUUCAGAACGGAGCUAUAAGGCUGGUUGGGGAUGAACAAGGCAGCAGCGAUCGUGGACGGGUGGAGAUCUACGUUAACGGGGAAUGGGGUACUGUGUGUGAUGACCUGUGGACCACCAAGAAUGCUAUGGUGGUUUGUCGGCAGUUAGGCUUCCGGUACGCUCUAAAGGCAGCCAAGAACUCAGAGUUUGGAGAGGGGAAGGAUCUGCGGAUUCUUCUAGAUGAUGUCCAGUGUGAUGGGACUGAGUCCAGCCUGCUGGACUGCAGACACGCUGGCGUGGGGACACAUAACUGUGCCCAUUAUGAAGACGCCGGGGUAAUCUGUGGAAACUCAGACUACGUUGUAGGAGUCUAAAUGUCUGACUGCUAUGAAGUCAGAGAUAAUUAUCAUAGACUAAAUCUGUUGUCUUAAAAAUCCACCCGAAAUUUAACACUGUUAAAAACAGGUAUUUUCAGUGCACUCUUGGUGGAGUAUUUUACUUAUCGCCAUUAAUGAACAGACCAAAUGUAGGCAAAAUAACAUUGUGCCAAGAUAUUUCCACUAACUACAAUAGAGUUAAAUAGCACAAACGAUUUUGUGAUCUAAAACUGAUUGUCACAAUAAAAGAGGAAAGAGCAUGGCUCAAAUUUUUACAUAAAACUCGCAGGUAAAAGCAGAAAGUUCAGGAAACAAUCUAAAACAAAACUUAAAGUAGUUUAAGGAAAAUUGGAAAGACCAACAAAGUCAGUUCUGUCAUCAAAGCCUUCCAGGGGUUAUUUAUGAGAAAAACAGCUGGAAUGCAUUGAUGGUAUCUAACACUGUAAACGUAUCCAAGGGGGAGGUUCUUCCUUCAGUAAUGACUUACUUGCCAGUAAAGCACUUGUCAUUUCUCUCAGAGGUAAAUGUUUAAAAUGAGAGUUUAUUUUUUAAUUUUUACUGCAGGUUUGAAUGUUUCAUUUGAUUGUAUGGCACUAUUGCAUACGUCCUUGGCUUCUCAGUGAUUUAUGACGCUAACAAAUUUGACAGUUAUUGUCUGAAUGUCAAAUUUCCUAAUGUGUUGAAUGUUCUAUACCCACUGAAUGAAUGUAUGGCUGUAUCAUUGUCAUGUUAUCAUUAUCAUGUUAUCAUGUGAUUUCAAUAAACGCUGACUACUCUG